AUGUCCACAAGUCUGGUUGUCGAUAUGCCCUUCGACUUCAGCUUCCCAUCUGCCUCUAUUGAGCGCACAAGUCCACCUCCCAUGUCAACUCUGCCCUUUGACCAAGCUUUCCUCGACAUGGCCUAUGCUUCAGCUUCAGCUACUGCUGCUGGUCAUAUCUCUGGCCACUCUCGCUCAUCAUCAAAGGCUUCAGUCUACUCUGCCAUCUCAGCCGAGUCAGAUCAUGAAUCUCUCUGUUCCCGCCUCACAACGCCUCCUCGUGCUUCACCAGCUGUUCGCCAGCAUGGCCCUCUUCUCCUGCCAAAGAUUCGCUCUCAAGACCAAGAUAUUGAUGCCACUCCUUGCCACUAUCGCAUGACUACUCCUCCUGCUCCUAACCCUGCUCGCCACUCAAGGAGCUACACCAACCCCGAGUCUCUUGCCAUCACCUUUGACACUCCUGGCUCAGUCAACACAAGCUUCUCCAGCCAGCCUGAUGACACUCUGUCUGCGUCACUCCUGACAUCUCCGGCCGACUUUGCCACUCACAUCUCUGCCUCUCACUCACGCCGUGCUUCCAGCCUCGAUGCUACCACAAUCGAUCGUUAUGGCUAUCCUACCUAUCGUCAGAUGCCAUCGUUCGUUCCCGUUCCUCAGCAACAAUCUGACUAUGGCUUCUACGACUACAGCCCUCGUGCCCAGUCCCCUCUGAGCCUCACUGCCACCCCGGACCCUACUCCCAAUACCAACCUUUUGAGCUUCCUCACCUCAUCCAACCCAGCUGCUUCUCUGGUCCGCCAUAUCUCGUUCCGGUGCGAGAUGCUGCCACUAAGCAUUUUUGGUGGGAUGUUCGCAACAUUCGCUCCUGGUCCUCUUUCAACGCAUCUGCCAUUCUUUCUCUCCCCGGUGCCUCUCUUCUUCUCACAACCCUGUGCCCGCCCCUCUGCUCCCUCAGCCCACUUUCGCAUCUCGUCACCCCGAGACUGA